AAUUAUUAUAAUUGAUUUAUCAAAAUUAGACAAAUUCAGAGAAGUAUGGUAAAAACGCACUUCUUAUUGGUGCUUUGAGCAUUGGUCAUCCUCAGCCUGAGUAGGACUGAGUCCACAGUAGCUCCUGAAGCUAGCCAGGAUACUGAAAACCAAACUACAGUAACCACAAUGGGGACGUAUAUUAAAUUUGAGAAUUAUUCAAGUAUCUUAUUAGCGAAUUCAAAACUCUUAAAUGAGGAAGACUCUGACUCCCAGUUUUAUGAGCGAGGCGAAUUUAGCUUUGAUUACAUAGUAAAGGUGAACAUUGGAAAGGACUUCUUCAACCUCAAACUCGAUUUGACCUCAGAGAUCCCCUUCGUGUCAGAUAUCUCAUGCAAGACAUGACUGAUGUCAAAAAAGUAUUUUGCUGAUUUCUCAAACUCUGCUUCCAAAAUAACUGAGUACGACUCGUUAUGAAGUAUUUAUAAAGAUGACCACUCCAGUAAUGGAGGGUUCAUCGAGAACGAGGAGUGCCAGUUCUUCCAUGAUAACAAAGAACUCGAGAUAAGAUAUAACGGGUUCCUUUCCAAAGAUAAAGUCUUCUUCAGUCCUGAAUACACACUUGGCAGCCAAACUGUUGGGAGAAUUGUCAGCCAGUACAAAAAUUUUAUUUUCAAAGGGACAAAUGGGUUUCUUGGAAUCGGACCCUCGAGUUAUCAAAGUCUCUUCAAUCCAAACACUGAAAGAGUAUUCUCGCUCUGCUCAAACCAUGAAAAAGAGGGUGGAGGCUACCUUGUAGUCGGUGGGGUUGAUAACAACAUGAUGAAAGGCGAAAUAAACUGGGUUCCUUAUUCUUCGUAUUUACAUUACAACAUUCCGAUUCAGGAAUUAUCUAUUGGUAAAGUCUCAAUUUCAGGAAAUCUUGAAGGAAUCAUUGAUACAAAGUAUGAGUUCAUUAUAGUUGAUAAUUAUGUCCUAAACAACAUCAAAAGAGAAGUAAAAAGCGUCAUGUGUCGAGAGGACUCUGCUUAUGUCAAUGUUACACAGCUUUGAUCACUUGAAAACAACAUUUUGGACGGAAACCCCCUAGAAAUCAGCCAAAUUAGUAGUGAUUUCCUCACAGAAAUGCCUCCAUUUGUAAUCAAUUUGAAAUAACUUGAUGGUGAAGUUUGAAAUCUCCCAAUACAUUGUGCCAUGAAACGAAGUUGCGUCUCUAAAGUUAGAUCAAGUAGAGCAUUCCAAGCGAAUGCUGUAUUACUGCCCUAUCAUCACAUCUAAAUUUAAUGCUCUCACAAACAAGGUUUAUCUAGGCAGCAAAUUUCUGAAGAAUUACUAUGUAAUUAUUGACAAGCAGAAGGCAAGGAUCGGAUUUGCUCAAAAGGCGGCCCAAAAUUGAAUCCCUUCAGGGAAAAUUUCUCAUAUAAACACGAUAUCUUACCUUGACUCCUGUAUUGAGUAUCUAGCAGUAUCCGCAUGCCUGAUUUUAUUCUUUUGAAUGGUCAGUGAAUGCAUCGAUUUCUAUGACAUCGAGGAUGACGGAAAUACCUCAAUGAACACUUCUGAGCAGUCUUCUCAAGCUGGCACAUUUGACCAAAGGCAGCAAGCAGAGGAGCUAAAUAUGGAAGAAAUCAAGAAUAACGUCGAAGAAGCUAUCCAGUACACCCAAAACGAAGAUGGCACACUUCGAGUGAUCAAUGGCAUUAGUGUCCUUGUUCAAGACAUCAAAAACAAGGAGCAUGUUGAUUAACAAUGUGUGGUCAAACUCUACAGAUUAAACCCGAAGACUCAAUAUUUGAUAGUG